UUUCGAGCGACAGAGAUUCGUGCGCCGCCAUGAGCUGUCCAAAGCCAAAGGCUAGACGAACUUCUGCGCGGACUUCGUCAUCACUCAAGGGCAUUGCAUUUGCCCAGCGCCAGAUGCCCGUCCCAGGAGCCGCAUCCAACCACCUCUUUGACCAGGCUAACACCGGAGUUAGUGGCUCGACACAGUCGACCGGACACACGAAAGCGACUACGAAUGUCAAUACUGUUGUAUUCCCAUCGUCUCAAACAUCAGGGAACCUGUCCCAGCUCAUGCGACGGUGUCGUUCUGCUACCAGUAUUCGAGGAAAAGUGGCUGAAGCGGCCGUGAAUGAAUGCCAUGGAUCAAUGGGGAAGCACGCACUCCACACCCACAUACACUGUUUCAACCUAGACGCAGAGCGCCCGCCGCCCCGACUCAAGCUCAGCAAAGCAGGCCUGCACUCUUUCAAGGCUAAGCGCGACCCGAUUCAAGGCCCCAACCACUCGACCACGACUCGGCGGGAAGACAGGACGUUGAAGCAUCGUACAGAGCUGGCUGCCGCGCAACUCGAAGCUGAAUUCAUCAGCCGCUUGCGGCAAAUUGACUCGUUGCAACUACCCAAAAAGCGCAGCAUUCGCCUUCAAGUAGCUCGUGACAUCCUGGACGAGAUUGUCCUGCUCGACACGACGUUUGGUUCGAUGCUGGGAGUGAUCCGCGACAUCUUCAACGACGUCCUCAAGUACGACGAGCCUAGCUACCCUUCAGUCGACGGCGAGUUCGGUGAGGCAUCUCAACAAUAACGCUUUUGUGUCAGCAAGUUGACAUAGAAUCCGCGCUUGAAAGUCCCAGCCAUACGCAUGAGGAAUGCGACAUGCCCAAUUUCUUCGCCGCUCAAACCCACGUCGACAAUAACUCGGAAGGCUCGUCGAUCGCUGCAGAUCCCGUCCAUCCAUUGCCGAAGUGCAUCCCGCGACUUAACUUUGCAUCGUUGCAUUUAUUCCAGGACGAUUAACGUGACGAUUGUCAUGGGCUUGUGGACAGCUUUAGGAGGAUCUGUUCGAUCAGCUGUUGCUGCUCGAAUUGUACGCGAACGAUGUUGCGUAGAGUGGACGACAUGCAAUGAAGCGAAUAGACGAAAUGCAAAGCAAUCGCAAUCCCAACGACGACGAAAACUUCCGUGAAGAAAUGUCGAGGGUUCGGUCGGAACGACUGGAUGGUGGCUGUUGUUUUGGGGGCUUCAGGAAGGUUUGGCGAAGGAGGAGCUGCAGAUUGGUCUGCUGUGUGGGCAAGCACACGUGGUGUCUUGGAAGCUUCCGUCGCCUUGACAGUCCAAUGUUGCAUGGUUUCCUUCGACUCGGCUGCAGUCGCGCUUUCAAUCUAAAGGCAUGAUGCCAGCACCCAAGUGCUCUUGACCCAGUUCA